AUGAAUCGUGUCGAGGACAAGGAGCGAGCAGCGGCCAGUCUCGCACGCGAUUCACGAUAUUCCGCGACCGUCGCGUACAAUGGAUCAAGGCUGCGCUCUCUCUGCCUCGGUGCAAGCCUUUCGAUCCGCUGGAACGAAGUCGAAACGCAGCAGCGUCCGCUGUCUGUGGGAGUACGGGACGACGACCGUGUCUUCCGCGCUUUUUUUGUUCUGAGUGUGCUGUACCGAUCGCGCGAUGAUGAGUUGCGGGGAAAGGGAUCCAAUGAAAGUCCGAAAGCAAGUGCGUCUGAAGAAGCUGCAGAAGUGCGGAUGAAUGGCUUCGCAAGAAAGGUGUACAGCGGCAGUCUCGUAAGCACUACGGAUAGGCACGUACGAUUCGCGGAUGUUGGGGCAGAUCGAAGCCAGACGGAGAGAGUGAAGAUCGUGGAGGAUGCAGAAGGAUAG